GAUCUGCGGAAAGAAUAUGUGAAAUAUGCGAAAGUAUUCCCGAUGUCUGAAAUGCUGGACUUUAAGAUUCCAUCGAAAUGGUACCGAAGAACUGUUGGUGCAUUGGAGAUUAUUUGUGGACUAGCAAUGGCGUUCGUUCCCCAUCAUAAAAUUAAAAAUGGUGCAAAUGUUUGUCUCCUGUUACUAACCCUAAUGGCGGUGUAUUCACAUUACAUGGUGGAUGAUAAACUUGAACGCACUGCUCCCGCGCUGGUCUUUCUUUUUAUGCUGACCGGCCGUUUGGUUGUUUAUUGGCAGGUGAUAAAGCGUAAUAUCACCGAGUCCGGCGAGACAGCUCAAGCAAAUGGCGGUUUCAAGCAGGAAUAAGCAAUCACACAAAAAUCGUCGCAAAACGAUCAACAACCAAAAGUAACACCUCAUAAACUCGAUUAUUCUACAUUACGACGUUUAGUUAAAAAAAGUUAAUGAAAUCUUUUAUUACGAAUAAAUUGUCAUCUUAAACAUCGCACUACAAAUUGUUACGUUAAAGUUUUAGUUUAAUUGUUUUAGUUUCAGCAAUGUUAUGUAAUUUUUAGUUAGAUUACGGACUGACAAAAAAAUUAGCAAAAUUUAGUGCCAAAGCAGACGCAAUGAAAUCAUUCGAUCUUAAUGAUGUUAACGUAAUUCACAAAUAAACGACUGACUGAAACUGAAUGUACCUAAUACGAAUGCACUUUUUGCAACUAACGAUACAUUCACAAUUGUUUGAUUUCAUUAGUUAUCAAUGCUAUAACUACCAAUAAGUACCUAAAUGUUGUUAAGUACAGUAACAUUAUGAUAUCUAAUAGAAUAUUGGCCAGUUUGAAUUAGAAUCAAAACAAUCACUUCAUUUCAGAUUUACGUAUACAUAAUACAGCUAAUUAUGUAUUUCUUGUAGAUUUGUAUUAUUUAUUUACUUAUUUAUUGUAUUUAUUAUUUCUAUAGGUAAUUGAUUUUUAAUAAAGUGGAAAUCAUUCGUUUAAUUUACUUAAA